AUGGAGAAACUAUUUCCACUGCCUCUGAUAGACUCGCCAGUGAGCCCUGCAUUCCCGACACACUCAGAUUCCUCCUCUGUAUAUACAAGUAGUAGGCAGCACACCAAUACUGCAGCUUGUUGCACUUCCUCUGUCUCUAGCGGCGAGAAUUCCCUCACGCAAGCCCCCGACUAUGGGUGCCCUGAUGAGGGGAAAUCUCAACUGGCAGAGAGGAGAGCCUCCAGAGGAUCUGAAGAGCGUUUCAUCCCUUUGAAACGCCCCAGGAAGGGAGGCCUGGAGGAACCUGCAUGCGCAACACCCGCCCCUCUCGGAGCAGUUAACCAUGAUGAGAUCAAUGAACAUAGGCUCCGCUCUCCAGCCUCCAACUCGCGUGCCGCAUGCUCCGUCGCUUCUCCUCCUUCCGCUAUUGCAGUUGCAUGUGGCCCUGCUCUCAAUAAUGGGCAGCCAGCAGAGUCAACGAGAAAGGAGGAAAGCAGCGCCACGACGACAUCUCUGAGUGAAGGCAUUGUACCUCGUCAUGAGGGGAGAACUGAUGAGGCCAAAGGCGUUGCUAAGCCACACGCCGCCUUAUCCGCUGCACGACUUUCUAGAGGACGACAGAAAGGAGAGUUGAGGCGCGAUGGGCGCGGCGCUGCUCAUGAAAUGAACAUUUUCGCUGAUGCUGUGCUGUCGUCGAUUCAGGAUACAUCAUGGGAGACCCUCAAGGCACUUUCCUUUGAUAGUCUGAGGCGUGCAAUAUUCCGUUGUCUACAGGAUCUGCGGGCUGCAGGGGGUGUCCCCUCCGAAGGCGGCCCCCAGGAUCCUGGUCGCUUUGCAAACCACGUGGAAAAUAUCCUGGAUGCAUGCAACUCGGAAGAUUUGGCGCCAUACCUCCAAAUUUUUGCUGUUUGCCUAACUCAGGGGUGUGAGCCGCACUGUCUCCCCAUGGAGGCUAGGGUGCUGAUGGUGGAGUGUCUUUCAGCGCUCAAGGCGACGGGCUAUAGCGUUCACGUCCGGCGAGUCUUUGAGGAGUAUCACCGCCUCGUGUCUACCUUGAGGCGGAGAGAUGUCUUGCUUGCUCCUCUCAGCAACGACAGCAUUGCAGGUGUGGGUAGGUGGGGAAGUAGUUGCUGCGCCUUGCGCCAGGUGGCUGCAGCCGCGGGGCCUGAAGACGGCCAGCUAGCUGAUUUGUGGGUUAGUGCGUCGCGAUGGAAUCAGACGCCAGAGGAGGCUCAGGAGAGCGAUUUCCAAGGCAGCGUAUGCAGAAGUAGCGGCAGGCCCGAGGACUUUUUGCUGCAUUGCAAGGGAGUCAUCCUUAAACAGCUGCGAUACUUACGCCGUAUCGCGCCUGUAUGGGCCGCCCGCGAUCGGUCCUACCAAUACCAUAUGGAGGCAGUUUUGGGAGCAAAGACUCCCAGCGAGCUCGCAAGGUAUUUGCUGAUCCUCUCCUCGCUACAGCCCGAUCCAGAUGGCAAGCAUAUAGUAUCCGUCGGGUCUCUUCACGACUGCCUUCGCGAGCUGCAUCUUCUUCAGAGGACCGACUCCCAAGAAGGCCUCACAGGGGCCCUCCCGGUAACGCAUGCAGAGCUAGCACAGUGUCUUGCUGCAGUACAAAGCAAGCGAAAUUUGGAAGGGGGGCUCAGUGGCCCCUUGAUGACCUUAGGGCGCAAGCACGGAGCCCGGACAGUCUCUGCAUUGCCGGCCCCCUCCACCCGCGCUCAGAAGUACCGCUUGGUCUCUCCGCAGCUCGAGGCUGAGGUGACUGCCAAUCUGCAGAGGCUGUCCUCUCUGCCUUGCGGGGACCCCUUUUUGACAGCCUUUGGAGCACCUAGAGCCAAAGCGCGUGGCGAGGACCCUUCCCUAAUGUACGCCGAAGAGCUCAUGGCGGUUGCUGCUGGCGCCGCUGACCCCCCCACUGUAGCCCAGCAGUGGGCCUUUACUGAGUUGCAGCGGCUACGGCAGUACUGGGCAGAAGGUAUGUUUCCACUCGCCACGAGAGAAGAGGCCUCGCUUCCUCCCUUGGCCCCCCCAAGCACCCCCGUAUCGCUUUACUCCGCACCAGGAAGGCUGGGCUUUGCCUGGCGUAUGCCCAGGACCCGCAGCACGCCAUGUCCAAUAAGCACGGCGAGAGGCACAAACGCCUCUUGUUCAGGGCAUCAUUUUCCUUCCGCCACGCAUUGCAGAAAUGGGGAGGCCUCCUCACGAGCGUCCUUCCAGAGGCUAUCUCCUCCACGAGCCGCGCUGCAGUCCAGCGGAACACGUGGGUUCAUAAGUCAGGCUAGUUGA